GAUCUCUCUGGGGGUAAUAAUAAUACUACGCGGGGCUUAGUUUGCAAAUUUCCGUUAAGUUGUUCGAUGUUCUUCUGGGGGAUGGUGGGCUGAUUGUAGACAAAACGACGUCUCGGAGAUUGAAACUACAGAUCGUGUCUCCGCUGCUUCUUCUUUCAAUCCGAUUUCAGACAACCUUUUUACUCGGACAGAAGAUUUCGGUUUUUUUUUUUUAUUUCAGUCUUUUCUUCCUCUAGUGUCUGCACCAGAGGUUAAUCGCCGCACUGCAAAAGGAGCAGACGUGGAUACUUGUCUCUGCAACAAGCAUUAGUACAUAAAUCAAUAUGGCUGAUACCAGUUCAAGGACUGAUGCCUCAACUGACGGCGACACAGAUCCUAGAGAUCUGGGGUCCGAGAGAGGGCAAAUGAUGCUUGCCGGUGCUUCUGAUUCCAGUGAUCGAUCAAAAGAUAAGUUGGAUCAAAAGACCCUUCGUAGGCUUGCUCAAAAUCGAGAGGCAGCAAGGAAAAGUAGACUGAGGAAAAAGGCGUAUGUUCAGCAGCUGGAGAACAGCCGAUUGAAGCUGACUCAACUGGAGCAAGAGCUGCAAAGAGCAAGGCAGCAGGGAGUUUUCAUCUCAAGCUCUGGAGACCAAGCCCAUUCUACAGGUGGAAAUGGGGCUUUGGCAUUUGAUGCCGAAUAUUCACGAUGGCUUGAAGAAAAGAACAGGCAAAUGAACGAGCUGAGAUCUGCUCUGAAUGCUCACGCUGGUGAUACCGAGCUCCGGACAAUUGUGGAUGGAGUGAUGGCUCACUAUGAGGAGCUUUUCAGGAUUAAAAGCAAUGCAGCUAAGAACGAUGUCUUCCAUAUACUAUCUGGAAUGUGGAAAACGCCAGCUGAGAGAUGUUUCUUGUGGCUUGGCGGGUUCCGUUCAUCAGAACUUCUCAAGCUUCUUGCGAAUCAGCUGGAGCCAAUGACAGAGCGACAGGUGUUGGGCAUCAACAGCUUGCAGCAGACGUCCCAGCAGGCUGAAGAUGCGUUAUCUCAAGGGAUGGAGAGUUUACAGCAAUCGUUAGCUGAGACUUUGUCUAGUGGAACUCUUGGUUCAUGUUCGUCUGAUAAUGUUGCGAGCUACAUGGGUCAGAUGGCCAUGGCAAUGGGGCAAUUAGGCACACUCGAAGGCUUUAUCCGCCAGGCUGAUAACUUGAGGCUGCAAACACUGCAACAGAUGAUUAGAGUGUUAACAACGCGUCAGUCAGCUCGUGCUCUUCUUGCUAUACAUGAUUAUUCAUCUCGACUACGGGCCCUUAGUUCCUUGUGGCUUGCCAGGCCAAGAGAGUGAACACACGAGAAUAGUGCGUUGCUCAGCUCUAUACAUAAUUGUACGGUAGGGACACUCCUUCCAAGAGAGAGAGAGAGAGAGAGAGAGAGAUCACAAAGCAAGGCCUUCUCAGAUUCUUACCAAAAGCAAUAUUUUUGGGAAAGAAGAUACAGAUUUAGAAAUGGUUUCCUUAGAUUGUUGUGUGUGUUGUAAUCUUUAGCCAAUCAGGUUGUGUAGUUUAUAGAGAGUGAAUGUUUAGAUCAUCAGUGCAAGAUCUUAGCAACCAACAUGACAGAAGAUGGGAUAAUUUCAGGAAUUUGGAUUGUAUGAUAAUCAUAAGUCAAAUAGACAUUCAGUUUACAUUAA